AUGGACGAGACAGAAAUGGGGUCGCAGGGGGACGGAUGGCUUGUUAAUUGUUUAUCAGACUACGCUGCUCAAGGCACUGACGUGCACAUGGGCGGCUUCUUCAGCAACGACCCCCACGGCGGCGGAAUACAGGAGCCUAGGUUGCACCAGUUUCACCAGCUCUUUGGAGCUUCCGAUCAGACAAGGCCCCAGAACGUGAGCGAUGCCCAAGGCCAGCAAAUGUGGCCUGCGGGACUGUGGCCGUGCGAUCCUGACCCCGACAGCGGCGUUGGGAAUCCACCGCCGCACUUUGACCUUGGCAGCCAGCUCGGCUUGGGCCCAUACCCCGCUGGGGCGGCGCUCGAUCCCUACAUGGAGCCGUUCUUGGGAGUCGCCGAUCUGAUGAGCCCCCAGCACGUAAACGACCCUCAAAGCCAGCAAAUCGGGCGGUGGCCACUCAACGACACAAACUCCGCCUUCGCGCAGGCCCCACUCGCGGCUCCGACAGAAGGCCCACUGGAGCUGCUCUGCGCUCCUCUCAACGCAGAGGCGCCUGCUGUACCUCCAGGAAGCACAAGGUCCACCCUGUCCCCAACACCGCCGCCAUCCGCUCAAAAGCGCCAUCAGUGUCGUGACUGCGGCAAAGGUUUUUCGAGCAACAAGGAUCUCGUUCGACACUGUCGCUCACAGCAUUCGCCGUACUCAUAUCAGUGCUGGUGCGGCCGCAAGCCGAUAUCGCGCAAGGACAACUAUCAUCGGCACAUGAAGUCGUGCCAUGCGGAAGUCACGGCGCGGAUGAGGUGCGGUCGCUGUGGCGAGGAGACCGAUCAGGUGCCGGUGCACAAAGCUCAUGUUGGGAUUUGUGGUGAUGGGAAGAAGGGAAGGCCAGCAAAGAAGGGGAAAGGUGGUGAUGAUGGCAGCCGAGAGUUCGAAAGGGGGCCAUUGCGAAGGUAGAGUGGUAGGAGGAAUCGUCAGUCUAUGGAAACGCACUAGAAAUGAGCGUUCACCAGCGUGAGGGGUGCGGAGGUUAUAUGUAGGUAGGGAGAGGAAAUAAGAGGUAAGGCAGGCUGGCUAUGAAAAGUAGGUCAGGCUGGCUAUACUUGUAGGAAGAUCAUAUUAAACUUGGUAAGGCUGGCUGUGACAUGUCGAAGACAGAGCCUUCCCACAUGUCCUUGGCGCCCACCAUUUAGUCGCGGUGAGUCUUUAUGGCCGG